GAACCCAAGUUACCUUCGCAUUUCCUCGACCUCAGCGAGGAACACACGUGAGAAAAGCUUACUGCGCAUGCGCGGAUAUGGGCUGCAGCAGUGGGCACUGGGCAGCAGCAGUGACUAGACAAGCGCUUUAUCGACACAAGCAGAGCACAGGUGCCGAAUAACCCAGCAAAAUGCUCUUUUAAACAAUCACACGUCUCAUCCCGAAGCCAGAGAUGUGAUGAGGAGUGGGAGUCCAAUGUUGCAUUAGUCUCCUUGUGAUACGCUGGCCUGUCUGCCGGUAUCAAACCCCUCCCUCCAGCUUCUCUCGCACACGCAGAUGAACACUGGACUUCAGAAAUGGGACACUACACAGAGGAUGAGAUCAGCACACUAUCCUACCCCAGCGGAUUUGGAUGCCUAUGCUAAGGAAGUUGCCAAUAACCCACUGACUAUAAAAAUCUUCCCCAAUAGUGUCAAAGUACCUCAGAGGAAGCAUAUUCGCCGCACCGUCAACGGUCUCGACACCUCCAGCCAGCGCUACAGCCCCUACCCACCUCAGGUCAACACCCGGACGGGCCUCUUGGCCAUCGUCAAAGUCCCCGUCAAAGGGAUCCUCAAGGACAUCGAAGGCGGCCGAGCCCGUUUUCUCCCUAAGCUCAUCAUGAACCCGCACAGUGGGCUUUACGCCAAUCCCAGCACUUUAAAUGUUCCUCACACUGUUCCACACCUUCAGACUCCUUUAGGCCAGAAGAGUCUCGCUCACUCUCAGGCCUUGCAGGCCCAUCCGCAGUCCCUGCAGCAGAAGAGCAGUUUACAACCACAGCAGAGCCUGGCCCACCAGGAGGCUUUACAUCAGAGCCAGGCUCACCAACCGCCAGUACCGCACCACACCCUAAACCACCAACAGACUCUCAUGCAGCAGCAGCCACAAUUGCCUGGUCCGCAAGGACUCCGGCAUCUGCCAGAUAUGGCGCAGUCGGUGCACCUGCGGCACUCCCAGGGCUUCUCUCAAUCCCAGCCCAUGCCACAGGCCUCUUGCGCCGGCCCUCCGGCCCCCGGGGUCUUACAGCCCCCCCUGGCAGGCUUGCAGAUGCCACGCAAGCUACCCGACGCCGAUGCCCCUCCCAAUGUGACUGUGUCUACCUCAACCAUCCCGCUUUCCAUGGCUGCCAGCCUGCACCAGAACCGGCCCAGUGACCUGAGCAGCAUCGUCAAUCAGAUCAACCAGUUCUGCCAGGCUCGGGCCGGCAUGGGCUCUACCUCCAUGUGUGAAGGACAGAUCGCCAACCCCAGUCCCAUCAGCCGCAACCAGCUCAUCAAUGCGAGCUCUCGGGUGUGCACCCAUCCCGGUGUGGGUCCUCCACCUUCUUGCAUCCUUGGUAACGCUGAUAAAGGUGGUCCAGCUCCCGCUCUGCCACUGCUUGACAUCGCUGCCAUGAACAGGAUGCCUCUUUACCACAAUGACAUGAAGCAGCAUCAAUCCCAGCCACAGUUACCCCAGCAACAACGUCAGCAGGGCCCUUGGGGGCAACACCAGUUGGCGCACCUUCAGCACCUUCCGGUGGGAGCGGCUCACCAGGGCAAGAAUCUCCCUAGAGAGGCCCUAGUUGGACCGGGGUUCCUCACCAAGAACAUGGGCUACCCGCAGGAGGUGUGCAUGGCACAGCCCUUCAACUUGAAGCCCUCAACUGAUAAACCAACACCAUCUCCUCCGGUCAACGGGAUGCACAUGAGUUACAGUAACGGCCACUACAUGCAGCCUCCCUGGAACAACAUCCUACCCAAGCCAAACAGUGACAGCUCAGGGUCUCAAGACCUGGUGGGGCCGUUCCACGGGGGCCUCUCAGGGGCCUCCAUAGACUGCACCCCCGGAGCACAGUACAGGACCGGGGCAGCCAUUUCCAGUCAGACGAACCUGAUGCAGACCAUGGAGUACAUGGGUGGCGACUUCCAGGCGCCCUGCUUCCGAGCGCAGAAUCCUGGCACAAUGGCAAAGAUGCGUAGAGCAUCAGUCAGCAGGGCCACAGAUUCAGGUGAUAGUAGAAAUGUGCACAUCCACCACCCAGGGUACAGAUGAGCUGCGGCCAGUUGACGCUAGUCAGUGUUAUUCUGAGCGCAAGGAAAAAAAUUCCCCCUCUUCCCGUCCCGUUUCAGUCUUGCAAGCAAUCUACUGAAUGUUUCCAGUACAAUGAUUUAUGUGGCUACCACAAAGCUGAACCCCCAUGUGCCACUUUUUUCUUUUAAUUUUAGUAGUUUAGAUUGCUUAAAUAAGUAGCUUUUGGAAAACGCUGUACGCAUUUAUUUAUUUUAGUUAGUUUAUUUGAAUAAUUUUUUCUUUCCAGAAAACAGUCAUAACAGCUUCAGUUUAUGAUAUCAGCACUGUUUUUUUCCAUUCCUAUCUGGUCUGUGUUAUACAAAUGAAAAAUGUACCACACAACACGCAUAUAUUUACUUUCUCUUUUUGAUUAGCAAAUGUCCAUUAUUUAAAAAGCUGCGAAGAAAUUCCCAGCAAAUGCCAUUUGUAUGUAGUUUAGGCCUACUUGAGAUUUGAAGUACUAACUCAAUGAAGACAUUUAAGGGGUGCCAUGAUACUGAAAUAUUUGGCUAUUCCAUCUAAGCUAACAGCUUGUACAAUGUAUAGAGGUUGAUUUUAUUUUUGUUCCUCUCAAUGUUUACAUAUUGUGCUUUUUGUAACUAAUUCUGAAUCGAUAUGAAAGUGCAAACUGAUACUGGGAUAUGCACAUAUGACAAGACUGUUUCUUUUUCAGACUGUUGAACAUGAAUCAGGUUAAAGUCUUAGAUGGAAAUGUUACACUAGGGCUGAGUCAAGCCACAUUGUGUACAAUGUUAAUCCUUCCCUUGAAGUGUCAGCUAAUGCACUAUCCUUUUUAUUCCCUCUUUUUUUCUCGAGUAUCCUAUUAGAUUUCAGUUUAAAUGGAGGCUGCUGUAAACUCAAAUUGCUUCAGGACUUGUGCUGUGCCCUAAUUGCAUAGAAUAGGGUUUUAUUUUGUCUCUCAAUUUAAUUGUUACUACUUGAAUUUCAUUGGAAAGAGACAGUGACGGCAGGCUUCGACUCACUACAGGACUUAAGUUUAGCAGCCGACCCAAAGCUACCUUUGGGAAGAGUGUCAUCAUCUGCUCGUGCGUUAGUCCGUCGUUAAAGGAAAGACGUCCUUUACCGUAAUUGGAUGACGGAAGUGUGUUGAUGUAAGCGCAAUAUAAAUGAGCACCACGGGCUAGCCUGUGGCUUUACUGCUGUGCUACUGUAACUGAGUGGUGUGAUUAGCCGGUGUGAAUGCUGUGUGUCGAGGCGGAUUGGCUCCCUGCUUUUGCUCCAUC